GACCGUCAAAACAUCGCGUCUGCCAGAGGCGUCCCCCUCCUCCUCGUCCCAGCCUCUUUGCUCACAGUGCUCGCGCAGCUGCGCAAUCUACACCUGUCCUGGCUGCUCCGUCCGCACCUGCUCUCUCCCAUGCUCUUCCGCGCACAAGACUGCCACAGGCUGCUCUGGAAUGCGCAAUCGGGCAGCGUAUGUCCCCAUGAAUCGGUAUGGCUGGGGCGCCAUGAUGGAUGACUACACGUUCCUGGAGGAUGUGGGGAGGAAAAUCAGCGAAGUAGGGGUUGAAAUCGCGAGAGGCGGUUUCCAGGAUCGGUCUGCUGAUGCAGUCGGAAUGGGCAGGGGGAGGGGACGAGGGAGAGGGAGAGGACGUGGUGGAAAGCAUACUGCACACGGGAGAUCGAAACGCGAUGUUCUAUGCAUGCAGUUGGAAACACAGGAUAUCAACAUGGAGGUCUUGCCAGCCGGGAUGGACAAGCAUAGAAUAAACCAGUCGUCUUGGGACUUCAGAUCUCAGUCUGCACUACUGACAAUCGAAUUCCGAUUUCACCGACCACCUGAUCCAUUACUUCCGCCAUCCGAGAAGCCAGACCCACCAUAUUCGCUGCUUACCCAUCGGAAUCGCCUCGAGUCCCCUCUAUCCACACUUCUCAGCUUGCUCGCCGCGCCGAAAAAGAGCAAGGACAGCGCAGCUCCCUCAUGGGUGCAUGCGAUGAUCGAUGAGGAUGCUCAACCCCAAUGCCUGUUACGUGCGCCCCGAAACCCACUGAAACGCACAAGACACCGAACCUAUCUUCGCCUAGACACAAGUCAGACGCUGGGUGAAGUCCUGAAGGGAACACAUUUCGUGGAAUAUCCGACGAUCGAAGUGUGGGAGGAGUUCACCGGCCUAGUGGUGGACAAAGUGGGCAACAUUACCGAGGCCGGCGUUUGGGAAGAGGAAGACGAUGGCGAUGCAAAGAGAAGAAAACGGAGGAAGGUGGAUGGGAAAGCCAUCGCCGGUUUGCUGGACGGAUAUGGUAGCAGCAGUGAUGAGGAAGAGAUCCUGGUACCAAAGCCGGAAAGCAAACGCAAUGCACUCGACAUGUUGGGAAAAUAUUCUGGGAGCGAAGACGGCGACGAAGACCUAGACGCAACGGAAUUACUGGAUUCCGACGGCGACGAGCAGGAAAUCAGUCCCGCCGCGCUCUUGGAACUCAUGCGUUCAGUACGAGGAGAUGCAAAUUGGAUGCCAGAGGGGGACGAGGGUCACGAGGAAGACAUAGAUUGGGGAGAGUUGGAUUCCGACAAUCCUUAGAUGUCCUGCCUGCGUAGAUCGAGUAGACCUUUCAUCAAGAUCUGAACCUCCACGACCGCGUUCACCACGAGACGGAUCGGCGUUUCCUGCGUGUUGCGUGUUGGAGAUGCGGAUUUGACUUCCACCUCCCAGAGGGUAUCAGCAUGUGCCGGGAUGGGUUUCUCAGUUUUUGGAUCCACUUGUUCCUGCUGGAACAUCUGUGUGCAGUCGCUUCAGCGCGAAGACGCCCGACAGUCGAUGACGAAUACGCACCUGAAUGACCAGAGGCCCCCUGCGGAAUGAAUAGCCUCGCUUGUAGAUCUGCGACCGUCGCACGUAUCCCAAUGUCGCCGCGAAGCUUAAUGCGUCGCCUACCACUUCACAUGUAGCCCAAGGGCGCACCGUUGCCUCCGGGUGGGCACGUACACUCUCUGGCUUCAAGUAGGAGUAUAGCACCCAUCCCGCUGAAGGAUCAGGAUCCGUUAGAUCGCGUCGCGCACGAAGAAGUACGGGGUCGGCACCCGCAAGAUGGCUUGCGUCGAAUGGCUCGAAGACGACCUCUCGGAGGUGCAGGGGCGCAGCGUGUUCCGAGUGUAGAGUGAUUCGAUUCAGUAUUGCCUUGAGGUCUUUAGAGAAGAAUUCUCCGAAGAGUGCGACCUCGUAGAAUGGUGAGGACAUGAGCGCGCGAACGAGAAAGAAACCGGCAAAUGCCGAACACCAAUCUCAUCUAAUCAGCGAUCUCCCUGGAAUGAAAUUAGUCAACUCAAUCUGUGUAUCGACUGUAUCGACUGUCAUUCAAGUACCUAUUCCAAGCAUUGCUA